CAUCCGCUCGCCGAGUUCGCCUUUGGAACGCCGUGACGCCGUAGUACUCGGCAGACUUUCGCUUCAAAUUUCCUUUUUUUCGCCACGUUUUUCGUUCCGAGUAUUUGUUUGCAUUCGUGUUUACGAAAGGACAGCGACGGGGAACUCUGUUGACCGUGUCUUGGAUCCUCUUUCUCCAUGAACGACGCAUGCAGCAGCGAUCGAGUUCCAGUUGCGCUGCCGCUGACAAGCAUCAAUCGCUAUGUAAACAAGGCGUGCGAGACGAGUCGGUGCCUCAAUGAGGCCGAGGAUGUUUACUACGCGGGCCAUGUUGUUGAGUGCGCCGUCGAAACGGUUCACGACUGCCGUUUCACCUUCCUGGCGUUUGUCCUACAAACUACCGCGAUUGGUAGUGCCCCCCACGAAGUGAGGAUCACCGUGAAGAUGUCGGAGGUGGAUCAAGCCAGCUGCUCCUGCAAAGCAGGGAACUACAAAUGCAAGCAUAUUGUAGCUGUCCUUCUGCACAUUAAUGCAGAAAGAACGUUUGAGCAGCUGUCAUCAACUGACCAGCCUCAAAAAUGGGGCAAAGCGCAGAAGGAGCGCAUAAAAGAGAAGUACGAGCCGAGGAUGAUGAUCGACCUUCCCUGUGCAAAGAAGGUAAAGAUCAAAGAGGUUCCUCAACUUCAGGGGAACAUCCUCCAGAGGCUCCUCAAGAAUGUAGGCCAUCGUUCUGCAGCCAAGAUGCAUUUAGAACCAGCAGUUGAAACAGCCAUGGAAACCAGUAUGGAUCCUGACACUGUUUCGGAACCAGCACCAAGAGACCUUACUCUGGUGGGUUGCCUGGACGAGUUGAGGAGACUCGCCGGGAGCCGCGACAGUGGACUGCCGCUCAACGAGGUGCUGAAGCACUUGCAUGAGAGCAAGAGCUCUAAGGACUUGCAGGACAUUGAGCAAGCCACUCGCGACCAGGCGAAGUCUGGUCUGUGGAUGCGCCACAGGGUCGGAAUGAUUACUGCCUCUGUCGCGUACAGCGUUUUCACGCGAGUGAAAACACUCCGAACAAAGAUGGGUCCACACGACCUUAGACCUCUACUGAGGAAGCUGAUGAGACAAACGUAUGUUAGGACGCCGGCAAUGUCUCGUGGAAGCGCACUUGAGGGCCCCGCAAAGGAGUGCUACAAGACCAAGCAGGCUCAACACCAAAACCUGGUGUUGAGCCAGUGUGGGCUUUAUAUCAUGCAAGGGCGGCCCUACAUUGGUGCCAGUCCUGACGCACUGGUAGAGUGCCAGUGCUGUGAAAAGCGGGUCCUCGAGGUAAAGUGCCCAGAAAGCAUGGUUAAGUUCCUUGGAGAAAUCGCUGAGAAAAGUGUGGGCGACAUGCCAAGCAUUAAGCUAAAGCACACAACCACAGUUUUCUGCCAGGUGCAGGUCCAAAUGGGUUUGACCGGUUGUAACCAUGCAGACUUGUUCGUGUACAUUGGAGAGCAACAAAACGAGUGCAUCCGUGUGGAAUUUAACGAGGAUUAUUUUAACGAUGUCGUCGAAAGAGCCUCGUUUUUUUUUGCAAGCUACUUGCUUCCACACAUGGUCUGCAUAAGAUGAACCAUCUAGCAUGAAAUAGGUUUACCAAGCCAAUGUUGCAUGUUUUUCUUUAGUGUGUUUGCCCAUUGGGGACUGUGCAGUGCGACUGCUAUGCCGCAACAGUAAAUGGUGGGGCAAAAUUCAAACUAUCUCCUUCAUCCAUCGCUUCCUUUCAAAUUAAUUGUUGCCAUUCAUAUUUCGUGAUCUAGGUGUCGUGCCAACACAUUCCAUCUCAUCUUUUGCGUGAUCACUUAAUGUUACCUAGAUAACUUUUUUUUAAAUGUGCUUUUGCUGAUUUGAGCAGAUGAGGUACCGUAGAAUACCGCACAUCCGCCCAUUCCACAUUAAGCACCCACCCCCAAAUUUGUAAGAUCUGAAAAAAUAUGCACAGUACAUUGAUAUGUAAAAUUGAUAACCGGACAAGCGCCCAUCCCUCAUUUUUUCGAGAUUAGUAUCUCUGAAUAUGAGUGGGCGCUUGCCCGGUAUUUUAUGGUAAUUACCGUUGCUGUGAAUGAACUACCACAAAUAUUUUAAAAAACAAACAAUGGAUAAGAGUUAGUUUGAUGUUCGCAUCGCUAUUUCUGUGUCUGAACUGGCCGCGAGAGGGGCGUAGCGGCACUGUUCCCAUGAUGCUCAGUUUUUGUAAAAUUUAAAUUUUGUGUCCACAUCAUUUUAAGAUUAAUCAUUACUCUUAGAUGGUGCUUGUCUUUCCACAUUCUGCUCUGUUUUUGUUACUGCAUUGUCACACUGAUACUAAAAUGAAACACAGCAUAGAAAAAGCUUUGUACUGACUACACAUGCUUGAAGAAAACAGUGAUACAUAGCAAGGUUACAAUGAUAGAAAAGUUUAAUAACCAUGCACAUGCCACCAACAGUGUGUUUAGUUAACAGGCGAGCCCAUUAUGACCACCCUUGAAUAGAAACUUGUUUUCGCUGAACAAGGGCUUGGAGAGGUUCACUGUGCCGG